UCUUAUAAUCUAGCCAUGACUAGCAGAAGCACAGCCAGGCCCAGUGGGCAGCCCCAGGCCAGCAAAAUAUGCCAGUUCAAACUGGUCCUGCUGGGUGAGUCUGCAGUGGGGAAGUCUAGCCUGGAAUUACGUUUUGUCAAAGGACAGUUCCACGAGUACCAGGAGAGCGUCACUGGAGCGGCCUUCCUCACCCAGUCGGUUUGUCUAGAUGACACAACAGUCAAGUCUGAGAUCUGGGACACAGCGGGGCAGGAGCGAUACCAUAGCUUGGCCCCCGUGUACUACAGAGGUGCCCAAGCUGCAACUGUGGUUCAUGACAGUACUCAUCAGGAAACCUUGGCCCGAGCAAAGACAUGGGUAAAGGAACUACAGCGACAGGCCAGUCCUAGCAUCGUUAUUGCCCUGGCGGGGAACGAAGCUGACCUGGCCAACAAGCGCGUGGCGGAGUACGAAGAGGCCCAGGUGUGUGCUGAGGACGACAGCUUAUUGUUUAUGGAGACUUCAGCCAAGACAGCUAAGAAUGUGAACGAUCUCUUCCUGGCAAUAGCUAAGAAGUUGCCAAAGAGUGAACCCCAGGAUCUGGGGGGUGCAGCAGGCCGAAGCCGGGGUGUGGAUCUCCACGAGCAGUCCCAGCAGAACAAGAGCCAGUGUUGCAGCACCUGAGGG